UUCAUAUUAAGCCUUAUUCCGUUAUUGUAUGCCGACGUUCGCCAUGGACGCAGUUGCUUUAACAUUACGACCAGCUGAUGCUGAUGACUUCGAUGAAAUAGUGAAACUUUCAGAGGGAAUUUACGCAGGACAUGAUUACCUUCCGUUGAUAUUCCACCAGUGGUUUCAAAGGGACAACAUAGUCGUGAUACUUGCCCAUUGUGGCGUAAGACUCGUCGGAUUAGAGGCAUACUUCGUCGUAGAUGAUGGCCGCACUUUAAUUAAUCGAGCGGGACGCGUUCAUCCAGAUUAUCGAGGUCAAGGUAUUUUCAAACAGGUCGGCGAGUACACCAUUAAACACGCAAAAGAGCAUUAUGUUAAUUUACAAAGAAAGCGGUCAAUUUCCAUUGGUGACACUGAAAUUCCGAAUGUAAGGAAACUUUUCGAGUUGCAUAUAGAAGCAUAUCACGUUGGGAAGGAAUUCUGUGACAAACUAAAGGCAACAGCCUUGACAAAUUCGAUGGAGAUCAAGACUUGUGCACCUGAUUAUUUCGCCAAUAUUAUUGAAUCUUUACCAGCCAGGCUGUUUACAAAGAACUCUAUUUCCCUCAGUAACCGGUGCCCUUUCGAGAGACUUCGAUCCAAUGUUAAUCACAUUUCACGAGAAAGUACUGAACUCUACGUGGAGAAAUGUGAUGAGGAUGUUAUUCCUUAUUCUCUUAGUGUUGGCACGCUUUCCCCGAAGGUGAAAUACAUAGAAUGGGUCGCUGAGGUUUAUGCCGAUUCUCCAGAUCUUUUUCAAGCUCACAUCGUGCAUCAACUCAAGCGUGCUUGUGAAUUAAUUAACAACGAUUUUAUUUUUACAAUUACGAUGCAAGACGAGAGUUUAAGUUCGCUCGUAAGGAUCAUCAUGAAGGACCAACUAAAGUUCAAAACGGCUGACUUCUUUCAUAACAAGACCCUGAAGGCCUAUGAGAUGGACAUAACCGCAAAAUCCCAACUUUGAAAUACUCCACUCACCCUAUCCCGCUUUAAGACAUUUCAAACCUGCUUUGCUGACUCGUCACCAGUCUUUAUUCUUCUCUUUUGCACCAGCGAGUGCCGAUCGUGUUGGGUUGUGGUAGCGUUAUUUUCAAUGUAGCUGAGAAAGUUGUUGAUGAUCUUAAUGUGGCCUUUCUUGGUGCCUCUGCAAGGUAUAUGUAGUACAUGUAUUGAAAGAAACAUUCUUACUCCUUUGGCAAGGGACUGUCAACUUCCUUUUAAGAUGUACAAUCAGUAUUAACCCUUUGGCUCCAAUGAGUGACUAAGGCAGAAUUUCUCCUUACAAUAUCAAUACAGUAUCAGGUAUGCAAGUAAUGAGAAUAAAGAAAAAUACCAGUCAAGAAAUUCUGAGUUCAUCCACUACCAAAUUCUCUGAACUAACAUCACAAGAAUUUUAUGGUAGACAGUAGGGAGAGUUGCUUAUAAGAACCUUGCUAAGAUUCUUAUUAAGAUUCUUAUCACAUCUGCUUUAUUGCAAGUAAACCACUCAAAAGAUCCAUUAUAUCCACGUGUUGGGUACUUUAAGAAGACACCUCUGACAGAAACAGAGAGAGGAGAAUGAUGAACAGUGCAGAAGCCUAUGUGUACAGAAACCUGGAACUGCUGGCUUUUAUGUCUUACAUGUUACAAGAAACAGCACCAAGUUUUCAGCUAGAACAGCUUAUUAAAGGAAUGAUAGGUUGAGCUCCUGACUAGCUUGAUUUUAUGGCCACUGUGAGUGUACUGUUGUACAAGAAGAUGGAAGUCAAGUACUUCCGGUGUGUGUGAUAUAUAGUUAUGUGAUGAAUGCCAAUGCUGAGAGCUGAACCUUGUCCCAAAAACUCAUGGUAUGGAACACUCCAAUCGUAAGUGAAGCAAUGACUUCACCCUAACAACAUCAACAGGGACAGUGGAAUAUAAAUUCCUGAAGCGUUGAUGCCCCCGAUCAAAAACACAACAACCGGAGAGACGUACGACAGCGGACUGCCGA